AUGUCCUCUAACCUCUUAGACUGGAAAUCCUCUGCAUUCAACAGAUCUCCUACACUUAAUGGCAUUGAAGAGUGCAAGGCUCUACUUCCUUGCCCUGAACAUCUCAAUUCAAUUGCUGGACACGACCGUCGCUGGAACUCUGCGCUCUUAUCUUUGGUUACGCACGGAUUCCACAGUGAUGAUGGGCAUCUAGAGCAGACAAACGGCUUUCACGCACUGACUAGCCAACACUAUCUCACCGGGUAUUCUAAAACUCAGCCAGCUACAGAGCAGGACAGGUUAAAGAAUUGGCGGGCUCGAGCGACUCAUGCAGAGCAGAUCUUGCACACUAUAUUUGACCUGGCAAGUUGCACCGCCUUAGAUAGGUUGACGGGUGGUUCAACAAUUGUCCUGCAUCAUCCUGGCGCUACAUCUCCAGGCUUGGACGUCUCUCCUGAAAACCUCAAGGCUGAAGUUUAUGUCAAUCCCAAAGUGCUCUUGGACCAUCACGAGCUUCACUCGGUCAUCGCUCAAAUUUCUCAACUCUUUAUCGCUGACUAUGCGACACCUUUAGCCCGAGCCUUUGCAGAAAAUCGGAUUCAGAACAAUUGGAACAGCAGUGGCUCUCAAACGCCUUCGAAAGGCAAGACAACAUCGAAAGGCAAAGGGCGAGCCGAUGUCAUGCCUCUUGUUCCCUCACCCGUCUCACCAUCAUCAACGCACUUCACUUUUCAUGGACGUCCUCGAGGCUCUUUAGAAGGUCUCCUGAGUUCAGGCUCCAUCUUAUCAUACGUGCCCGUCUACGAUGGCAGAAUCACGUGGAAGCCAACUCAGAUCCGACUAACGCAUACUCGGGAGAGUGUCAGCACGAGUCAUCUGGUCCCCAAAGAGGAGCCGAGUCGGAGGAUUGCCGUACAAGCAGCGAGUUCCUCGAGCAGUGACCAGGGUAAGAGACGUCACCCUCCGUCAAACAGCGACAAUAGACGUUACCCUCCGUCGAACAGCGACGAUAGACGUUACCCUCCAUCGAACAGUGACGAUAGACGUUACCCUCCUCCAAUGAGUGACCAGGCUCAGAGAUGUUACCCUCCUGCAACUCCUACAAAGGGCAAAAGCGCAUCCUUUGGAUGGUCUCUACCCACACCCAUCACACCCAUGUUGAUCGCUGCUAGGUCCCCCUCUGAAUCACGGCAAUAUAACGUGCCGACACUUCUUCCUUAUGGGACUGAAACGGAGGCAGUCCUAGAAGAGCUAGGCUACCCGGAUCAUUUUCAUCGGGUCUGCAUAUCAAUCAGCAAAGAUUUCCUUCCGAAGCGGUGGAUUAUGAAAUUGCAGGAGCUCGCUGAGAUUUCGGGGGAGCACGCGGAGGCCAUCGGGAAUGCUAUGUUGACUGAUUCUCAGCAACUGACAGAGCGGCGACAGGCUAAGCGCCUCGAUGAGGACCAAGAAAUUCAGGCCGUUCUAAAUUACAUUCAUGCGAAGGCCACAGAGUUGGCGUCGAAGUUCAAACAACCUCGACGCCGCUACCUUGAGCGGUUGUCACUCGGUUCUGUUAUCCACCGCCGCAAACACAACAAGACAAGUGCCUGGCAUGCUUAUAUGCACUUCAAAGGCAUCGAGAACAAUGCCAAUAAAAGUUUCAGUGAGAAGUCGAACAUAGCCGAUCUCGUCAAGGAAAAAACGGACUACCACCGCCUUACCACUGAGGAGAAGGAACAGCUUAUAAUUGACUUUGAUAAAGUCAAAAAGAGCUCUCAGGAUCGUCCUCCAAAUAUCACCGCUAAAUCGCGUUCUGCUGAAUGUUCCCGGAGUUUCCAGUUUGUGAGAGAAGAGCUCGAAGCUCUCAAGGAACGCGUUGGCGCUGAAGCUUUCAUCGUUAUGGUUCGUGGUGUUUCCGACUUCACCAUGGUGCCGAAGGCGUUCUUCACAAGCCCCGCGGCUGAACACUUUGUUCGUCUAUAUCUACGCAAGGACAUCGCGCAAAUGGCAACCGACUUCGAGAGCACAAUACUGGCCAAUGGCCUCAUUAUGAACACAGCUGCUAAUCAUCGACAGCGUGUUGCUAAUGCGAAGGCUGCCAUUCGAAAUGGUCUUCGUGUAUCACUUUGCGAAGUGACGAAUAAUCCAGCGGCAGUAAUGGAAUUCAAAUGCUAUAAUGAUCUUGUCCAGCGCUACCAUGUUAAGCUCGUAGGAUGGAACCACCCCUACUGGGCCAAUCCCUCUGACCUGAAAGGUGGCAUCGAGAGCCUCGAGAACGUGGUCCUUGCGAUUCAGGCCAAUACCUGUAAGUUUGUAACAAUAACACCACAGGAAGCCAAAGAGCGGAUGCGUCGUAUCAAGGAUGGAGAGACUCUCACUCCUGAUCUCGAGCCCUCUCUCGCUCCUGAUAUCGAGCCCUCUCUCGCUCCUGAUAUCGAGCCCUCUCUCACUCCUGAUAUCGAGCCCUCUCUCACUCCUGAUAUCGAGCCCUCUCUCGCUCCUGAUAUCGAGCCCUCUCUCACUCCUGAUAUCGAGCCCUCUCUCACUCCUGAUAUCGAGCCCUCUCUCACUCCUGACCUGGAGCCCUCGAUGCCACCCAACUUGCCCACUCCCAAUUUGACACAGCCGGCCAACAUUUGUGUGGCUUCGUCAGAGCCUUAUGUGCGCCCCUCCUCAUUCACAGAUGAAAUGGUGGAUCCCGCGCUUCGUGCGCUUGAUCAUGGUAAAUAUUUAUAA